AUGGUCUCCUUCACAACCCUCCUCCUCGCCGCGACGGCAUCCCUCACCACAGAGGCGCUCAACGUACCCCGCGACACGUCGCAGCCGCUCUGGCUCACCUUGCCUCGGACGCCGGAUCUCCCCACCCCAAUCUCAAGCACGCUGUACCCCAUCAAUGGCGUCAAGCUUUGGCUGCAAAAGUACAACGAGGCCCAGGGCAAGAUCCCCAUCGUCAUGUCGCACGGUGGCCUGGGCGACAGCGCCUACUUCGCCGCGGUGAUCAAGGAGCUCGUCAGGCGGGGCCACUACGUCAUCGCCAGCGACCGCCGCGGUCAUGGCCGCAGCACGUUCAACGCGGACGACGUCUUCACGUACGACAUGUUUGCGCGGGACCAGGACGCGCUGCUCAAGGCCGUCGGCGUCAACAAGUACGUCUUUGUGGGCUGGUCCGACGGCGCCAUCCAGGGCCUGUCGGCGCUCAUGAACCGCGACCUGGCCGCGUCGAUCCAGAAGGCGUUCCUCUUCGGCACGACUGCGAGCCCCGCGGACACGAACAACUCCUUUGCAACGACGGCGAUUUAUGCAGAGUUCAUAUCGCGCGUCCGCAAUGAGUACGCGGCGCUGCAUCCCGACGUGCAAUUUAAACAGUUCGCCACCAAGGUCGCCCAGCUCGAGAGCACGCUGCCCAACUUCACCGACGCCGACUUUGCCAAGAUCGACGGGGCCAAGGUCACCAUGGUCGAGGCGGAGCACGAGGAGGCGGUCAACAAGGGCACCGGGCAGAUCAUCAGCAGCAAGAUCAAGGGCAGCAAGUUCGUCUCGCUUCUCGGCGGUAGCCACUUUGCGCCGCUUCAGAUCCCGGCCAGGUUUGCCGAUGCCGUCGAGAGAUCUUUGAGAUAG